GCGGCCGGGGCGGGAGCGGCGGCGGCGGCAGCGCGGGGCGGGCAGCGUCGCCCCGUGUAAUGCGGCAUGUCCAAGACGCUGCGCAAGAAGCGGCACUGGCUGAGCAAGGUGCAGGAGUGCGUGGUGUCCUGGGGCGGCCCGGCGGGCCCGGACCCCGACCUGCUGCGCGGCGGCGCCGAGCGCGGCGAGUUCCCGUACCUGGCGGGCCGCCUGCCCGCGGGCGGCGAGGGCGCGCAGGGCCCCGUGCUGCUCUCGGGCAAGGCGCCGGCGCCGGGGGACGUGCUGCUGGAGGUGAACGGCACCCCCGUGAGCGGCCUCACGCACCGCGACACGCUGGCCGUGGUGCGGCACUUCAGGGAGCCCGUGCGCCUCAAGACCGUGCGCCCAGGAAAAGUCAUCAACAAAGACUUGCGCCACUACCUGAGCCUUCAGUUCCAGAAGGGCUCGAUAGACCACAAACUCCAGCAAGUGAUCAGAGACAAUCUCUACUUGAGAACCAUCCCUUGCACUACAAGGGCUCCCAGAGAUGGGGAAGUCCCUGGGGUAGACUAUAAUUUCAUUCCUGUUGAGCAGUUUAAAGCACUGGAAGAAAGUGGAGCCUUGCUAGAAAGUGGAACGUAUGAUGGUAAUUUUUACGGUACUCCAAAGCCUCCAGCAGAGCCCAGCCCCUUCCAGCCUGAUCCAGUGGAUCAAGUUCUUUUUGACAAUGAUUUUGAUACUGAAUCGCAGAGGAAAAGAACCACUUCUGUCAGCAAAAUGCAGAGGAUGGAAAGUUCUCUCCCUGAAGAGGAGGAAGAGGAGGAAAAGGAGGCAGUGAAUGGCAGCGGAGGGAUAGAAAACAAAGAAAAACAUUCAGAUUCUCCUGACUGGAUGAAACCUGUUCCCAGCUACAACCAGACAAGCAGCAACAUGGACUUCAGAAAUUAUUUGUCGAGGGAUGAGACCCUGGAGCCCCUUCCCAAGAACUGGGAGAUGGCCUACACAGACACUGGCAUGAUCUACUUCAUCGAUCACAACACCAAGACAACCACGUGGCUCGACCCCCGGCUCUGUAAGAAGGCCAAAGCCCCUGAAGAUUGUGAAGAUGGAGAACUUCCUUAUGGAUGGGAGAAAAUAGAAGACCCUCAGUAUGGAACAUACUAUGUCGAUCACAUUAACCAGAAAACUCAGUUUGAAAAUCCAGUAUUGGAAGCCAAAAGGAAAAAGCAGCUAGGACAGGCUGAUGCUGGCCCUUCCAAAUCAGGACCAGGGAAGUCUCUCUUCACUCGAGAUCCAUCCCAGCUCACAGGAGCACUUAUAAGGACAUCCCUGAAAAAAAGCACCAUGGGAUUUGGCUUCACAAUCAUCGGGGGGGACAGGCCUGAUGAGUUUCUCCAGGUGAAGAAUGUGUUAAAGGAUGGACCUGCUGCACAAGAUGGGAGAAUUGCUCCAGGUGAUGUCAUCGUGGACAUCAAUGGGAGCUGUGUGCUCGGCCACACCCAUGCAGAUGUUGUGCAGAUGUUCCAGCUGGUUCCUGUCAAUCAGUAUGUGAACAUGACCCUGUGUCGGGGUUACCCCCUCCCUGACGACACCGAGGACCCCGUGGUGGAUAUCGUGACAGCCACACCCAUCAUCAACGGCCCUCCGGUGGCCAAGGGAGGAGAUGCUGCUGUGCCCAGCCAAGAUUUGAUAGCAGGGACAGUUGUGUUGGACCAGAAUGGGAAAAUGGGCCCCAUGUUGGUCAACGGGCGCCUGAACGGCCCCUCCGUGGACGCGGCGGAGCAGAGGGUCUCCCUGGCCUCCUCGGGGGGCUCCCAGCCAGAGCUGGUCACCAUCCCCCUGGUCAAAGGGCCCAAAGGGUUCGGGUUUGCCAUCGCAGACAGCCCCACGGGGCAGAAGGUGAAGAUGAUUUUGGACAGCCAGUGGUGCCAGGGCCUGCAGAAAGGCGACGUCAUCAAGGAGAUCUGCCACCAGAACGUGCAGAGCUUGACCCACCUGCAGGUGGUGGAGGUGCUCAAGCAGUUCCCAGUAGGGGCAGAGGUGCCACUGCUUAUCUUAAGAGGAGGUCCACCCUCACCUACUAAAACUGCCAAAGGGAAGGACAAGCAGGACAGUUCAGGGAGUUUGGAAGCUGUCAGUGAUCCCAUCCCACAGCCCAUGCCCUUCCCACCCUCUGCUGUGCGAUCAGGCUCUCCCAAACUGGACCCUUCUGAAGUCUACCUGAAGUCUAAGACUAUUUAUGAGGACAAACCUCCAAACACAAGAGAUUUGGAUGUUUUCCUGCGAAAACAAGAGUCAGGCUUUGGUUUCCGGGUGCUUGGAGGGGACGGGCCGGAUCAGCCUAUUUACAUCGGGGCCAUCAUCCCCCUGGGAGCAGCAGAGAAGGACGGGCGGCUGCGGGCGGCGGACGAGCUGAUGUGCAUCGACGGGGUCCCCGUGAAAGGGAAGUCCCACAAGCAGGUUCUGGAUUUGAUGACCAGUGCUGCACGGAAUGGGCAGGUCCUGCUCACAGUCAGGAGGAAGAUCUUCUUUGGAGGGGAAAAGCCAGCAGAGGAGGAGGAGGCCCAGCCUGUCCUGGCUCAGAAUGGCUCUCCCCGCCCCGGCCGGGGGGACUUUGCCAGCCAGCCCUGCCCGGAGGUGUACGACGUCCGUCUGCAGCGGAAGGAGAACGAAGGGUUUGGCUUUGUCAUCCUCACCUCCAAGAACAAACCUCCUCCUGGGGUGAUUCCCCACAAGAUCGGGCGGGUGAUCGACGGCAGCCCCGCUGACCAGUGCGGGAAGCUGAAGGUGGGCGACCGGAUCUCGGCGGUGAACGGCCAGUCCAUCGUGGAGCUCUCCCACGACAGCAUCGUGCAGCUCAUCAAGGAUGCUGGCAACGUGGUGACCCUCACUGUGGUGGCUGAGGAAGAGCACCGUGGGCCUCCCUCGGGGCCGAACUCAGCCCGGCAGAGCCCGGCCCCGCAGCACCGACCGCUGGGACCGGCACAGAUCAACCCCCCCGGCGCCGACAGGGGAGCCACAGAAGGUGAAGCUGGAAAAGAAGUCUCCGGUGGUUACCGUCUGUCCUGGCCCGAGCACAAGCACGUGGCACAGUCGGAUGCUGCUCCAGGUGUUGGCCGUCAUUCCCAGAGUCCUGGCUGUUUCCCAGUGGAGCUGGAAAGGGGCCCUCGAGGGUUUGGGUUCAGCCUCCGAGGAGGGAAGGAAUAUAACAUGGGCUUGUUCAUCCUGCGCCUGGCUGAGGACGGGCCAGCGGUCAAGGACGGGAGAGUGCACGUUGGUGACCAAAUAGUGGAAAUUAAUGGAGAACCCACCCAAGGAAUCACUCACACACGAGCCAUUGAGCUGAUUCAGGCUGGAGGGAAUAAAGUUUUGCUGCUGCUGAGACCAGGGACUGGAUUGAUUCCAGAUCACAGUGAUUGGGAUAGUUACAAUCCAUCUUCGUCAAAUGUAAUAUAUGAAGAACAGUCACCAUUACCUUCAUCUUCCCAUUCUGCUUCCCCAUCUGAAGUGUGUUAUUUACCAGUACCAGGAGAAGCUUUAACCAGAGUUCAGCUGUCUGAGGAACUGGAACAAGCAGAGAACACUGUGCCUGACAAGAUAAGCACUUUAACUGAAAACCAGAGUGAGAGGAAGCCUCAGUCUUCUCCCCAGAGAACAAAGAACAGAUGGGAAUGUCCCUCCAGCCCUGGGUUUGGAAUCACUAAAGGUAGUUUGGAAGCAGGGACCAGAAGAGACAGAUCUGCCAGUCCAGCAAAGUCGGGGGCUGCUGAGGGACACCCUCCCAGGGGAUUCCACAGCCCCAGGAAAGGGGAUCCUGAAAAGAACAAUCUCUCACAUCAACCUGGCAGAUCCAGAGGGAGUGAGAGUAAAACCACAGAAACAGGAACGAACAAUAGUGACAAAAAAGAGUAUUCCAGUGGAAAUCAAGGAAGGUCAGCCAGUCCCCACAGGCACCUGGGGAAGCCGGGAAGUGCAGAAAUGGUGGGAAGGAGCCAGGGCAGAACUGGUGGUGUGGAGCAGUUGAAAGGUGGGAUUGGUAAACCAGGAGUCAGCAGGAAAGACAUGAAGCAGAAAACUGCAGGAAGGAUGGAAGGGUGGUCUGCAGAGAGACACUACCCAGCGUUUGAGGGGAACAACCUUCCCUUGAGGGACUGCAGGAGAAACGCCUCCGAGGACGAUUUAUUGACCAAGUCCAGCUCUGGAGAGCCAAGUUCCAGCAGGUUCAAAACCUCCAGCCUGUCCAACAUCCCACUGCUUUCCACGGAGAAACAAAGGAGGGGGGAACCACAGGAGACUGUCACGCUGAACAGGCACCACGGAGGGAGACACGUGGAGCUGCCCCAUGAAACCAAAGAUGGAACUUCCCACCCCGAGGGUUCUCCAGCGAGGAAAACGCCGAUAACUCCCGGGCCGUGGAGGGUCCCCACUAAGGGCACCCCAGCAGCAGGAGUGGCUGGAAAACGGGUGUGACUGACUGACACUGUUUUUUUUAGAACAUGUUUUAACCAGUUUUCCAACAAGGGUCAUUUAAAGCAUUGGUUCUUUUCACACAGUUGUCUUUUUUUUUUUUCUCUUUUUUUUUUUUUUUUUGGUCUCAGAAACUGGUUGGAAGGGGGGGGGAAAGGGUUUGAUUUGUUCUUAAAUUAUCUAAGCUGCAUGAAGGACCUUUUGGAUGCUUCAGUGAAACUCUGCCAUGAGCUGCUGUCCCCGUGUCCCCGUGCAGGCCCUUGUCUGCUGCUCCCAACGUUGCACUGCUGCGGCUUCUCCGAGUGUCGUGAGGUCUGAACAAAGUUAUUUAAUGCCUCUGUUGCCAAUGUGAUCCUGACUCACUUCCUGCUCUUGUGCCAAGUUUAUCUACUGUAUCCAGUCAAUCUGAUCCUCCCCCCGUGGAUUCCAGUCACAGACAAGGCAGGUUGGGGCUGAGGUGGGUGUUUUCUCCGAGCGUGGUGCCUGUUUGCGUCAGGAAACCCACGUGUUCUUGCUGGGUCAGGAAGGACAUGGGCGAGUUGGUUCUGUCAGUUCCAGGGCAGCAAACGAGCCACUGAUGCUGCUCAGUUGAUGUGUUUCCUGGGGUUUUUAUACCCCAUACCAAACCCUGUCGAUAAAAAUGGUAUUUGAUAUAAUUUUGCGUUUUCUGAACGCAGCAAAAUUGCUUUAUUGCCUCGAUUCGUAGGGAUUUGCUUUGCAAACGUCUUGUGUGAGGAGAGAAAAUUCUGGGUUCUGUUAAAUAACAUAAUUCCUUUGGUUUCACUUGUGGCACCACGAAAUCCUCGGCCUUGGUGUGGAGCUGAUGCUGAAGCCCCAUCUUUAAUUAAUUAAUGCUAGUUAGGAAUUGGAUUUUUUCCCUCUGUAGAGGUAACAACUGACCUUAGACAGACCCAGCUGCCAGAGCAGCCUCGUCAGUGAAGUUUUUGCCUGUGUAUGUUAGAACUCUCCCAUAUUUACAUGGAAUGUGUGAUCAGGGAGUGUUGGUGACACAGAGGGUACAGGAGGCUCGCUCUCCAUGGUUUGGGCUGGCAGAGACGUUUUAAAGAGGGAUGUGACCACCAGGACCUCCUGACACCUCAGUCCCAAAGCUGUGAGAACAGCAGAAGCUGAAGGGGUUUAUUUUAUUCAUAGUUUUAGUGAUGAUUUCCUGACAUGUUUAGGGUUUUAAUGGUAAAAGGAGCCCGUUGGUCCAGUUUGCAGAAGGAGGAGUAAAGGAUGGAGCUUUACUUACUCAAAACUCAAACUAAUAGGAUUUGCUCUCUGAAAUGGAACGAGCAAAUACCUCCUUUUGGCUUUGAAACAUGGGAUGUUUUUAAAGGCUGAUGAAGCACAGUGAGGCAGUUCUGAGUGGAAUUCUUCCCAAGCACAGCUGACUGCUCAGCCAGCUUUUCCACAAAGACUUUGGGAAUUCAAAAGGCUUUAGAGCAGCUCUGAACUGUGCUCUGCUGCUCAACCCCGGGCGAUCCAUCGAGGUUUGCUGUGUAGCAUAACACGUACAAAUACUCCCUGGGUGGAGUAUGACUGUGAAAUAUUUAAUACUCUGAAGUAGCCUGUGUAGAUAUUUCCCCUGUGCCCUUCCCCAGAGGGUGGUUUAUGUUGAGCUGUGUGCACUCGCCCUGACCACUGAGUACAGUGACAGAUCCAGACCUUUAAUUCCAGAUGAAUUAAGUAGCACCACUGAAAUGAUUCCCCUGCCAUCAACUCCCCUCGAUUUUUUCUAUAUGUUAAUGUGAUAAUGUCUUACCUGUGUGUGAUUUCUCCUUCCAUAGACCUUGUAUCUGUACUUCCUGUAUCAGACUUAGCCAUGUGGCCUUGGAAUGCUGAGCAAUGUAUGGAUGUACUGGGUGUAAAUGUUUAUAUAUUGUACAGCACCUUUAUACAGACUUCUGAGGUUCUGACUAGAGAGAGACCUGUAAAUCGCUCAUUAUUUUUUAUAUAGAUAUUAAAAACAAACUCCAGUUCGUGGCCUGUUGGUUCUGCACUGUAUAAACCAGGUUCUUGGUUGGCUUUCAGGGGUGUGACCCCAGGUUUUACCCACAAACAUGCUGCUCUUCUGGAAAACAAAUGCAAUUUAUUAUUGGAAUUUUCCUUGACACCCUUUCCCCCUCCAUUCAAACAGCAAAUGCUUGACAAAGGUGGUAUAAAAAUCAUCAGGUCCUGUAGAAAACAGUGGGUAAUGAUGAAAUACUUGUCCUGUAGGUUUAUUUGUACAUUUUGCUAUAUAAAAUUGUCAUCUCCUUUUACAUCUCACAACUUUUCCUUGUACAGAAAAUAGCUGUAAACAAUUUACUACCAAAAAUGCUUCUGCCAUCUUACCCUCCCUGUGAAAGAAUGAAGCUCUGAAAAGUU